AACACAUCAUGAUGUGAUAAUUAUAGUUAGAAGGAUUUAGGCGAUUCUUCCAAUAUACGCAUAUGAUAUAUCACAUAUCCCGCAAUUAUCGCCACCAUAUAGUUUCAGAAGUCAGAACGUUCCUAAACCCGAGGCAAAUUCAGCGCGUUUCGGAACGCUUUGAAAUCGGGCGGCCAAGUUUCGGAAUACGCCCAGCAGGCAGCAGCGCAAUUCGCGGAGAGCGAGCGAGAGCUUCAGCUUCUAUCUUGCGCCGCGAGCGAGAGAGAGAGAGUCGUGGUGUCAAGUGCGAAGCUACUCUGCGUUCCGAAGAGAGAGACUGGCCUCCCGGAUAGUUUGUUUACGCGAAAGAUUCGCUGAGAGAGCGGCGCAACGCGCUUCCGCGAGAGACUCAAUCUGUGUAGUAGUCCGUUACAACCGCCGCGCGUUGUUAUUGUUGUUCAGCUGCCCGCGUCGGUUAUUAUCCAGCACCAGCGGCGAGAGAAACACGGCCGGACACAACCUCUCAAGCGUCCGAACCUGCUCGCCGAGAGGUAGAUGAAGAGUGCGGACUCACUGGCAAAACUCAAACUCAAACUUUGCUUCACCCAGCUUGCUUCCAAAUAUGCAUAAAAACUUCAGCCCUGGUGGAUACAGUAUGUCCCGAAAUCAUAAGGACAAGUAUGAAAGCAGCAACCCGCGUCGUACGCACACCAUUAUGUCCACGGAGGACGCGAACUCUGGGAAGAAAUCUUAUUGGCCGGAGUUGGAGAUAACAGGCAGCAUAAGGAAUCUAAGCCCAAAUGUGUGGCAGUUGACCCAUCUUACUGCGCUGUAUCUCAACGACAACAGCUUGCAGAGGAUACCAUCAGAGAUUGGUCGCUUGGUCAAUCUGAGAGCUCUGGAUCUCAGCAGCAACAAGCUUCGCAGUCUGCCUGCAGAGCUGGGGGAUCUCAUCUACCUCAAAGAGUUGUUGUUGAACCAGAAUUUUCUCCGCGUGUUACCGUAUGAGUUAGGAAAGUUAUUCCAGUUACAAGUGCUAGGACUUCAUGGAAAUCCACUCAGCAAGGACGUUAUGACGCUGUAUGGUGAACCAUCAGGAACCCACAAGCUGCUUUCGUAUAUGCUGGACAACUUACAAGUAACGGCGAACCACCCACCACAAAGACCAUGGAUACCGCUGACCAGGCCGAACAGAUCAAGACCAACAUGCAUAUUCACGGUGAUGUGCUACAACGUGCUGAGCGACAAGUACGCGACGCGGCAGAUGUACGGCUAUUGCCCAAGCUGGGCACUUGAAUGGGAGUAUCGGAAGAAGGGUAUCCUCGACGAGAUCAGGCACUACGCCGCCGACAUAAUCAGCCUACAGGAGGUCGAAACGGACCAAUUCUACAACUUCUUCCUGCCCGAGCUCAAGAUGGACGGCUACGACGGCAUCUUCUCCCCCAAGUCCAGGGCCAAAACGAUGGCCGAGAACGAUCGCAAGUUCGUCGACGGCUGCGCCAUUUUCUUCAGGACUGCCAAGUUCACACUGAUCAAGGAACACCUGGUGGAAUUCAAUCAGCUCGCAAUGGCCAACGCUGAAGGUUCGGACCACAUGCUCAAUCGAGUUAUGCCCAAGGACAACAUUGGUCUUGCCGCUCUUCUCAGGACCAAGGAAGCCGCCUGGGAUAAUGGUCUGCCCCAGGACCCACUGCAGGUGCAGCAGCCCAUCCUCGUGUGCACUGCCCAUCUGCACUGGGACCCGGAGUUCUGCGACGUCAAGCUCAUCCAGACGAUGAUGCUGAGUAACGAGCUGAAGUCCAUUCUCGACCAAGCCGGUCAGUCCUUCAGGCCCGGCCACAAGUCCGACGCCUCCAACGUCCAGCUGUUGCUCUGCGGCGACUUCAACUCGCUGCCCGACUCUGGCGUAAUCGAGUUCCUGACCUCGGGCAGAGUGGCCUCGGACCAUCGCGACUUCAAGGAUCUGGCUUACAAGUCCUGCCUGCAGAAGAUCUCCGGCUGCGACAAAACCAACGAGUUCACGCACUCGUUCAAGCUGGCCUCCGCCUACAGCGAGGACAUCAUGCCCUACACCAACUACACAUUCGACUUCAAAGGCAUCAUAGACUACAUUUUUUACUCGAAGCAGAGCAUGGUGCCUCUGGGCCUGCUGGGCCCGCUGAGCGCGGACUGGUUCAGGGAGCAUAAGGUCGUUGGAUGUCCCCAUCCCCACGUACCAUCUGACCACUUUCCACUGCUAGUCGAGCUGGAGAUGACGCCGACAGCGGUAACGAGCAACGGCAUGAUCUCGCGCAGGUAGCAGCUGCUUCGACCUAGGCCCAAGUAAUGCGAAACGAUGAUUAAGAGGAGACCAUCGUCGGGGCUGGGAGGAGUAGCUUUGAUCGAGCGCAAGCGUUUCAACUGUCGUAGAGGGUGAUGAUGCUGAUGAUGCUGAUGACGAUAAUGAUGAUGAUGAUCGUGCUUGUCAUUAUUAUUCCUCUCAUUAUCCUCAUACGCAUUAUCAUCGUAAUUGUAAUUGUGAAAAGGGAGGGCGAUCGGAGCGACAAGAGAGAGAGAGAGAGAGAGAGAGAGGGGAUAAUUGGGGAGAAAAACAAGGAACGCUAAUGAUGAUACACACACGAGCGAAUUGGAAGCGCCGUCGCCAAGCAAAAAGUGUUGAAGAGAAAACGAUGAAAAAAUCAAGUGCGAGGAAGGACGACGUCGCUCCUUCUAUUGACAUUCUUAGGCUCUAGCAAUAUCACUACUCGCAGUCGACGACAUCACACACGAGUACACGUGUUCCCACACACGCACACACACACAUACACUUGCAACACGACAUUGUACACCGGGACCCACAUACGAGCACACCUUCAUUGCAUACAGAGAGAGGGAGAGAGAGAGAGAGAGAGAAUCACACGUACACACACGCGCGCAACUACUGAAGAGGAUGCUGCUGAUGAUGAGUUGAAGUUGAAGGACGCAGAGAUCAUCGAAGAUGCAAUUAAUGAAAAAAAGAAAAUGAACAGGACUCGCGAUGACACACAUACACGAGGCAGCCUCGCGAGCCUCAUCUCUAAUAGAGUAUAAGAAAAAUCACGAUCACGGUGAUGGGAGAGAGUUAGUUAUGUGUUGUAACGCUGCGUCUAGCCCAUGUAUAGUGUAUUGCAUUUUUAGCGAGAGAUGAAAGCCAAGCGAUGUGAGCAGAAAAUAAUUCGAGCGAGAGAAAGACCUUUGCACCUCCCCCGAAGCCUAUAAAAAACCCCCUGCGUAUGGAGGAGCAAGCCCCUUCUUUUGAGGACAAGUGUCGAGAACGUGUCUAUCGUCACCAAUCCAGAUUAAUAAUUGUAGAUAUACGCCUAUUUUCCUACGAGCUCGCUAGAGUGAAGAAAAAACGACAGAUAGAGGAGAGUAUUCAGUCAACACGAGUGAAGCACGAGAGGAGCUGACGACUAAUGAGAGAUGGAGAAAGAGGGGGAGGAGGGAGAUGAAAUUGAUAAUGAUAUUCCGAUCAAACCUCUGUGAUAUAUCGACGCGUCGAACGAUUCGGAUGCGCUCAGUGUGAGAGAAGAGAAGCCCUUUUUCUUCUUCUGUGUAGACAGGACGUACGUACGGAAGAAGUCUCGAAAAUGGAUAACACCCACGUAUAAUUGUACAGAAUCAUGAGAGUGUCACGAGUAAGAUAUUUUGAGCGUCUGCCAGAAAAGCCCUACAACCUAUUAAGCAAAAGUAAUCAAGUAUCCCAAAGUAACCAAGAGCGUUCUCGAAACCAUUCGGAGAUAUGCACAUUUUUUAUAUAAGAACGCUGCCAUCCAGUUGAGGUGAAAAACAAACAAACAAACAAAAAGAUAAAUAAAUAAUGAGGAAGAAGGCGGAGAGAAAGAAAUUGUAUUUUUCAAGGAUAAAUGAAAACAAAAAAUAUUGAUAACAUACACGCUACACUGGGCUGUGCGAAGUGAUUGGAGUUGACUUAAACAAUUUCAAUGCAAGUACAAAUCUGUUCUUAUUGGCCACGUAUAUAUUGAUAAAUGAUAAUGUUAUACAUAAAGCGUAAGGAUGUAGAUGAUAUAGUAGGAAAAGUGUAAUUUGUAAGUACGGUUAUAAAUAAUAUCUAAGCGUUGUAUGCGUUUUAAACACGUCAUAGCGUCUCUUCGACACACUUUCGCUCGACGAGCGUGCAAAGAUCAGUCAGGCUAUUCAAUCUACCUUUUUUCCCCAAUGUAUUUUGUUCACAUUAUUGUAUACUCAGACAGACCCGCGUCUCGUAAACGUUGUUUACAGUAAUUACACUUUUUUCUUUCAACAUUGUGCAUGAAUUUAGAUGUUGCAUUUUCCUAUCACGAUAAUUUAUUUAGCUAUUCGAAGUGCAAUCCAUACUUUAGUGAGAAAGUACUUGUAAAAUAGUUGGAGAUAUGUCUAAAAGUUUUUUUACGAUAAUUUCUGUAAAACAUUGCAAUACAAAAAAUGAAUUUUUAAACUUAUUUUUUUCUACGAUAAAUAUGUUUAUUUGCACAACUUGAAAGACUUUUAGAUGUGUAUUUAUUGAGAGUGAAAUAAGAUACUCGAUUCAUGUAUAUAUUUCCCUGAUUAUGAUUAAUUAUACAUAAUUUUUAACCGUCUACGCUGUUAGGAGUAUUAACUGUGGAUCAUUUUACUAAUUAUUUUCGUUUGUUGAAUCGUGUUAGCCUGUAGCUACUGAAUUCGCAUUCUAUAAUACUCCGACUAUUUAUAUUAUGCUUUCUUAGUUAAAAACGGGAAUGAUCGUAAAUUUUUUAUUACCUUUUACUAAACAGAUUGUUUUAGGAAUCGCAAAGAACCUUCGUGUAUAAUAGCUUAGCUUCUAUCCGCUUUUUGCACCGCGAAAGUUAAAAUGUAAUAAAGAUUAUCGUAGCUGCUUUUUGACUCUUAAUUUAUGUUCAGUUUUAUAUAAAUCGAAUAACUUACAUGUGACAUCAUUGUACCGCGUAAAAAUUUCAAGCAUUCAACGAUCUAAUACAAAGAAAAUUCGGCGCGCGAUACCUAUUUAUGCUUAUGCAUAUUAAAUUCUGUACAAAAUAAUUUUUUCAAUUAUAUUUUUUAAAUAAUGCUGUUGCAAUUAUAUGUCUACAAUACUAAUAAUAUUGCGCGCCAUGACAGAACAUUCAAGCACUAUCACGGAUUAUGCUUUGUACGUUUUUUUAUCCAUGCACAACUACACGUUAUUCACACAUAUACAGGUACGCACGCACGCAUACACAUACACAUACAGAUACGCAUACAGAUGCACUAGACACACAGAAAAAUACACAUUCGAAAGCUUAUGCGCAGUAUUUUCUCCGUUUUCGAAGAGCGAAAAUCGCGUUUGCGACAAUAUGUAAUUACUUCAAAGCGUAAAUAAGUGAAAUGUCGAUAUGUUCGAUUAGACAUGAUUACGAACAUAAAUUUUGGGCGUACCGACUUGAAAAUCGCUCUAUCGGUUGCAUCGAACAAGACGUGACCUUAAAAUUAACUUUAUCGAGACCUGAUCAACUUGUUCAUUUGCGGUUUGGUGUAACCGAAUCCCCGAUUGUAUCUUGAUGCCAAGCUGAUUUUCUGAUCAUCUAAGACCGACGUCCAGUUUUCGUGCUUCGCGCUCUCAUGUACAAAAACGCCCUUUUCCUCUUGUUAUUCCGAAAUUCCAACCGCGAAGAAUUAAAAAAAGGACAGACUGACUUUAAUUCCUAGUAUUUAUUUACAUUUAACGUUUACAGGAAGAAAACAAAAUAAUAAAAAAAUAAUAAUUAUCGAUAAAGAAACUAAGACUUUUGUACUGCUUUAAGCACUCCUCCUACUCACGGCUUAGUAGUGUCUUAUCUUCACAUAGCUGUCGUUUCAUUGCAAGAGAGAAUAACAGAACAAUAUCCAGCAAAUGUAUACAAACGAUUGCGAGAAGAACCGUCAGAAUAGCUAUGUUUGUAAAAAGAAAGGAAAUUGCGUUAUAAUCUAAUAAUAGGAAAAGUGGAACUUUUAUCAACGAAAAAUAGUCCGUGUAUAUCUUAUCCGGGGUCAAUCGAACAAUUUUCACAGCAGCAGCGACGAGAGACACAAGAUCGUAUCAGAGUUGUCCGCCACUCGUCGGUACUAUUCAAGUCUCCUUCGCGCGAGCGCUUGGAUCUGAAAAAGUUUAAGGGUGAGAAAGUGAGAAAGUAAGUGGCAAAAUAAAAAGAUUUAUCGAAAUCACGUAGAGAUAAAAUAUUAACGUUAUCGUCAAGGGAUUAUGGUAAACAAUUUAAAAUAAUUCAAGGGUUAGGCAUUUGCGAAAAAGAGUAUUUGUACGUCCUGUUGUUCUACAUCGAUAAUAACGCGUUCUCCUCGUGUCGAUCCAGUCGCAAAUUAAUAAUACCAGAGAUAUAUAUUGCGUUCGUGACGACGUCGUAGGGCCUAACAGCGUUGUGUACUUUAUUUUUCUUUGAUAUCACACACAUGCAUGCCAGGGCCAAGUAUUUUGUUUGGACUUCGAAGCCACUUUUUUUACAACUGUACAAUAGUAUGCAUAGGAACUCUUUCACGAAACGAAAAUGUUUUUAAAUGUAUUUUGCUUGUACCUUCAAUGCGGUCCAACGCGAUUGCGUAAAUCUACCAUCCAUGAUACAUUUGAUAGCUCUUUCGUUUGUAUUCCGAUUUUAUUUACAAACGUGUGUCUUCAUUUUUGUUCUAUUAUUUUCAAAUUAUUUUAAACGUACAUACAACACAGUAUUCAAAGAAAUGUGUGUCUGCUUCGAAGUGCCAACUUGGCUCGGUUUUAUAGAGAGCAGUUUUUAAGGUAUUUCUGCAUACGUGAAUAAAUAAAAAUUUGUGAUAGAGCACUAUUACUUAUUCGAUCUACUGAAUAAAAACAAACGGGGUUGGGAGGGGGUGUAACGGGUAUAUAAGAACUCGUGUGUUCGAGUCUUCGGUGCGAAUGUUGUGAGCAAGUCGUGAGAGCGUGUGUGUUGUGACGUAGCGAUUAGAUUGAUAAAUCAUUUCAAAUUAUAAAAUUACGACAGUGUUUCGCUCCAAUUGUAAAAAAUGAAAUAUCGAAUUCUUAAAUCAUGUAGCAAAAUAAUAAUCACUUGAGAAUUCUGAUUGAUACUCAGACCGAUUAUAAUGAAAUUACUUGAAAAUCUGUAAUACUUUCUUUGUACGAAGCUACGAUGUGCACGAUAAUUCUUUCGGAGCCGCAGGCGAAAAAUUGUAUGCGUCAACAUUUGACAUUUUUCACGUCAUUACUCAAGCAGAACUAUUGUACAUUUUUCGAAACUCGAUUAUACAAAAACUGACAUCAGUUUGCCGCAUAGACGCAUAAAUCAUAGUUUCGUUAAACGAUAAAAUAAACUCCUUAGAGAAAUUAAAAUAUCGCUUAUUGACCAAUGAAAUGUCAACAUCGACUCGAGGGCAUCGCUGUGCCUGUAUAAUUUUAGAAUUUACAGUGUGACUGGCGACUGCGUUAUAGACGUAACUAGAGUUUAUGAUAAUAUUGCUGCAUAUAAUCUAUAUUAUAAUGUAUAAAUUUGAUGGACGAAGAAGCACAAUCGAAUGACUAAUAUCAGCAGAAUGUGUAUACAUUUUUUAUGUUUUUUACUUUAAGCGUUAUGAUAAAAUUCACCAUAACGUGGUUAAUAAUUCGAAACGUCUCUCGAUUGUCCUUUUAUUGUGAGGAGAGGCUUAGGUGAAUCUUGUGAUUUCUAUACUUGACUCCAAAAUAAUUGGUUGACUUAAAAGUAUUCAUAAAGUUAAGGCAAAAACGAAUUAAUCUCAAUCGAAAUUUCAUUUUUUAGCGUAGUACAUAACAUGCUGCCACGCAAAGCGAACGGGAAAUCGAGUAUUUUUAAAACAAUUUGACUUUUUUCAUUGUAUCGUAAAUUUGAGCAAUUUUCUGAUUCACCAAAGUCGACUCUGUCGCCGAUUUCUUGUAAAAAUAGUUUAAUACAGCCGACUCACUGUACACAUCACCGGUCCAUCUUCUUCAUAGGCAUAAUUCCAUUUAUAUUGUCGAAUGUAAAGUGACUCACACAGAUCUCUGCGUUUACUGUGUAUAUGUUGAAUUUUUUUCUCCGUCGAUACGUAACUUUAAUAAAUAAUAAAGUACAGUUUUUUCAAGCUA